UUGAUAUGCUAUGACCACUUCAUCACAUUUGAUCGCGAGGUCAAUUUCUUCUGGAAAGGGAAGUUGACUGGUGCCGGAAUCCUGUUCUUCUGCAACAGGUAUCUUGGCCUAGUCAACUAUGCCUUACAAGCAUUCAGUCUUCCCUCGCCUACCUUGAAAGUAAGUGUGAGUGUCCAUGCUUGA